AUGAUGCUGCCUUCAGGUGCUUCUCGUAAGUAACCGUUUCAAGACUAAUCAUUGAGAUUUUCAGAUUUAACUUGUGUCUUUUAUGAACGUUACAUUGUUCAGAAGAGCAAACUCAUUACCCACAAGAUAAAUAAUAAUCAAUGAGUUCACGUAAUUUCCUAAUAAAACACCUGAGUGCACUGCGGCAAGGGUUGUCGUUGGAUAAACUCGGGUUUUACAACUUGUGACACAAUAUCGUUCAAUGCUGUAGUGUUUAACACAAAUGAACCAUUACAUCAACUGAUCUGUGUCAGCCACAAAAGGAAAAUCGACGUUUAUGAAUGUUUAAAUCGUUGAUUCUUACCGAUUGCAAAAUAUCUGACAGUCCCUGAAGGCAGCAUCGGUCCACUGUCUUUGCGCAGACUCCGAACACUUCGAUGCGAGCGGCAACUUCACCGGUAGCUCUGCGCGCCCCGCCGCCUGUCGCCCACAACAGCCCGCAUCAUCAUCACCAUCAUCAUCAUCAUCAUCACCAUCAUCAUCCUCAUCAGCAGCAGCAGCAUCAGUGUGAUGAAGCAGCGGAGGACGGAGACCUUCCUGCUCUGAGACUCUGGAUCUGCCCGCUGACAGGUACGGAGCUUUUUUAUUCCCACUCUGAAUAUAACCGGAUAAAACCUCUUUUAUUUCCAACUCUGAUCCAGGAUCUCAUGAAGUCUUUUUUUUAAGACUUUUUAAAAAAUUUAAGUAACUGUUAAACUAUUUUUGUUUUUAAAAUCAUUAUAUGAACUUACAUUUAAAGCAUAGAAACUCAUUGAACCUGCUGUACUUUGUGGUUUUUCUGCACUGGUGGUGCUCAGUGUGUGGGAUUGUGGGCAGAAAGCACUGAUCAGUGUGUGUGUGUGGUGUGUGUGUUAAAGUGUGGGUGUAGGAGAGGCUGUGUUUUAUAUUUAAAUCUAUUUAUAGUACGUGAUACCUGCAGUUAUCUGGCUACCUGUUGUGUCCAUGCGAGUAAAUCAGAAUUAAACAUUAAUUAGUGGCAUUAAAUUAAAUUCAUGUGCCAUUAAAACAUCAUAUAAGUGCAUGUGAGUCAAAAACUAGAACAGGAAAUGUGAAUUAGGGCAAAAUACACUCGAGACAUAAAAUAAAAACACUAAAAAAAACGAGCUGUGGAUUGUUUCAGGUAGCUGCAUGUUUUAUGAAGAAGAUAUCUCUAUAUUUGGCAAUGGAUUAAAUCAUUUCUGCAUGUCCCUGGGCUGUGUAAACUUACUGGGUUAUCCAAGGAACCUGAAUUUGAGGAGGUGGUGUUGCUGCUGGCUCUGUUUCGCAACAGAAAUGAAAUAAAGUGGAGCUGGAGCGAAAGAGGACAGAGAAAGUAGAGUGGUCAUUCUUCAGCAGAAUUCAGUAUCUGCAAAAAAAUGAAAUAGUGAGAUUUCAUGAGUAGUCCUCAGAGGUGCCAAUUUUUGAGAAUUGCUGCCACUUUAACUGGACAGUCUUCAUAGUGCUGGUUCUCAUGAUGGACAGGAGAGAGGAGGAAUUUUAAUACAUGAGGUCAAAUCUUUCUUUCCAAGCAGCGAGGAUGAAGAAAAUGAGACCGUUGCUGCAGGCAGAAUUGUUUCCUGGAGAUUUGGAUAGGUUUCAAGAAGAGAUCAGAUCUCUGUGUGUUUUUAAAAACACUAGUAGGUGCAAGAAUCUGGCUUUAGUGUGAAGUCUGCAAUCCAGCAACAUCAGGGUACUGGUGUGGGUUUUUGGCUUGGACAGGUGAUUUCUCAAAGCUGUGAAUAUUGUUUUUUUGUUGUUUUAUUGUCAAUUAACUUGUCAGUUAUUUAAUCAGGUAUGAAAAUGAUUUUAAAAAAGAGGGUGCCUGAGAACAAAGAAGGUGUUUUCACUUUUACUGUGGAAUAAACAGUUAGACCUCCCCAGUGUAUUUAGGAGUAAUAAGAACAAAAGUGACAAAUAAUGCCCCCUGGGAGCUUGUGCUAUUCUUGACAAUGACUCAAACAAAUGAUUUCUCAGCUCAACUGUAAGUACUGUAAUUUACUUUGUCUCUCUCACAGUUUUUAUUAUGUAAGCGUUUUUGAUUUGCACUUAAAGUUUAAAGAAACGGAGCAUUUAAUCAGUUCAGGAGGUAUAAUAUCCUUUAAUAGAGUAAAAAAAAAGACAGUCUGAAUAAGUUUCUCCUCUAUGAAGUAUUGCAUAAUAAGUAGGGCCUCACAAUAAAUCACAGUUUGGUUGUUAAUAAACAUUUCCAAAGUCUAAAUUUAUUUCAAUAAAUCUGACAUAUUAUUUAAAGCUACUGUGUGGAGUUUUAGGACUGGUUAGGAAACAGUCUGAAAAUAACAGUGAUGACUUUUUGUGACCUACAGAGGAAAACAAGACCAUCAGUGACAAAAUCACCACUUAUCAUGAAGUAAUUUUCAACGCCGAAACUGCUGUGAGGGGGUAGGUGUAAGACGAGACCACUGACAGCAAUCUAAAAACAUACUCUUACUUUAUUUAUCAGAAGCAAAUCUUUACAGGAAGUGACUCAUUUAACGGUUAACAGACACCUAUUGUCAGAAAAUACAGCUUAGACACGGAAAGUUCCUCACAGGAGCUUUAAAAUGCUUUUCUGAAUUUAUUUUGGAUUAAGCACUGAUGACAAACGCAGGUUAUGUUCAGGGUAACUCAUGAUGUUGUGCUUAAUACAUCGCCCAUGAAAACGACUUUUGAGAACCGGGUCAGGGUGGCCAGAAGUAUGUGUGUCCAGCUCUAUAUUCACCCUGUUUUUACUAUCUACUUAAACUACUAUCAUUAAAGUACUACCGUAUUUUUCACACUGUAAGGCGCACCAUCAAUGAAUGUGUCUAUUUUCAUACAUAAGGUGCACCGGAUUAUAAAGCGCAUUAAGCCAAACAAAACAGUCAGAUAAGUCAAACUUUAUUUAACUCAUUCAAUAACUCCGCGAGGCUACGGUAGCUGCAGUGCUCUGACAAGCCAAAAGGAUUUUAAAUACACUUUAUAGUGUGAAAAAUACGGUAUAUAGUUAUUUUUCUUGUGUGAUAUUUUUGGGUCAUUAAAGUAAAUACAAAACUAAAUCAUUUUCACAAGUUUAACAAUCAAAGUUUGAGUUAACUAUUUCAAAGUUACCCAUUGGAUUUAGUCCAUAAAAUAUUGCACAAAGACCGACAAACUAAUAAUAAAGCAUUUUAAAUGUUUCAUGAGUGUGUUUUAGUUUUGCUGGUCAAUGGCAGACCCUCGCAUCUUCACAGUCUGUGAGGUGGUAAAUCUAAAGUUGGGGAAACUAGUUGGUGGCAGAGUGGUGUCUUUGGAGUAGCACCUCUUUUCCAAGCCAAACCUCCAUGAAUAUGAGAAAGAUGAAGUUAUUUUAUUUUGUCUCCUGGAGUUUUUUAUAUUUAAUUUAAACUUCAGCCAUGCAGGCUGCCAGCAGGACUGUCCCUUUAGAUCUGAAAUUAAAACUUUAAUUUAAACUCUGAGGAAAAAAUUUAUAUUCGAACUGUCUGAAACUCAUUAUAAUACAGUACUUGUGCGCUUUAGGCUGCCUGAAGUAGAGAUCCAGCAGAGGGCGCUCUCCUUGUAAUCUGUCCUACAUCAGUUUGUCCUGCUCGGCUUUAUCAGAUACAGUUAAUAUGCAAAUAAUCAAGGUGUGCUUUGACUGUUUUCUGACGUACUUGACAUUGCCAUUUUGCACAUCAGUUAAACAAAGAUAAAGAUAAAACUGUAGAUGAUUCAAGUAGCCAAUCAUAGCGAGGUGGCCUAGUCGAUAUGAAGGGGGUUAGUGGCACCCCUGGCUGCCCCUCUGGACUCACCCCUGUUUAUUCUAUUUGUUUCACAUUGUUUAUUCUGUUUAUUAAAUAUAAGCCCUGGUUUUUAGAUGCUAAUUAAUAAAUCCUUUUACUUAGCAGGUCACCUCUAAAACAUGUAUUUCACAGCUGACACAUUUGUGUCUCUGAGUCUGGGAUCUUUUUUAUUCAUCACGUUGUGAGACGUGACUCUCUGUGUGAAAUCAGAUUUAGUCUCACAGGUUAAGACCAUGAAAUCUCCAGUUAAACAUAAUUUACUUCAGCUCAAGAUAAAAUAAAUCAAAGCUUAAGUGUGAAAAUUGUUUUAUUCAAAGCAAAGAUUUUACCCUCUGCUUAAUGGAGCUUAUUAAAUGGAUUUAUUUGAUAUUUAUUCUCAUGAAACUCCAGAUGAAACUCUUCAAACCGCUUUUAAUACUUAUAUAAAGUGUCUUAACAUUUCAAGUCUCAGCUGAGGCAGAAGUGAAGCGGCUUCCUGCAGAGUGAAGAGGCAGACAUUAACACAUGGAUAACCUUGUUCAGACCUAAUGUCUCAAAUAAGAGGUUAUUAUUAUUCAGCUGCAGAAGAGGGUAAGAAAGCUUGACAGAGGCGUCACGCCUGGCAUCUACAUUCAAAUUCUUGUGUCUGUUACGCUUCACAUCUCAGCAGAGGGAGUGCACUUCUCAGAAACGAGAACAGACUGGAGACAUGUGCAGGGCCUCUCCAGUUUCUGCUUCCAGAUCAGCAGAGCCUCUUUUGCUUUAAGUGUGUUAAAGCCGGACAUGAGACCAGCCGGAGUGACCGCGCAGAGGAACAAUAAGAGUCUCUGCUGAAUAAUAAUGGCUGCAUUGUCUCGGUGCUGGUGUGAAGACGGACCAAAGCGAGUCCAGGUUUCGCAGAGAAGUCUCACAACAGCACGGCAAAGUCCUGACCGAGGUAAUUGCCGCAUAUCGGCACACAUGAAUACCCCCAAAUCAGCCCUCAGCCUCGUGUGCUCAGGCAAAGUGCACUACUCAGACAAUCAGAGCCAUACAAUCUAAAAUGCUGGUCCCCAUGGCAACAGCAACUGCCGGUGUGAUUGUAUGGAAAGUGGUGUUUCUGAUAACUUGUCACAUGUAAAGUCUGACACUCAGUAGUGGGCUGAGGAAUGGUGCUGUUUGAUGGUUUUUAAAGAGGCAAUAGUCCCACAUUUGUAUUUAUAUCUAUUCAAACGACGGCGUUAGUUCUGCUUUAGGCAUUAUGUAAGUGAUUCUGCACAACCAGGUGUUCUUACAUAAGGAAGUAAUGAGGAGGCAGAGGUGAAGGAUGCCAUAAUAUCACUCAGGUCAUCAUCACAUCAGUUAAAGCCUCUUUUAAAAACACCUUACAGACAGACAGCUGGUUAAUACUGUAUAACAUUCAGCAGCGAAAGAGCCCGGUGGACAAAGAUGAUUUCACAUUCAUUAUUUUUGGAGGACCAACUGAGCUGGUCUCUCAAAACACUCAAUCUCUGCUUUUCGCACCAUUUUAGGUUCGAACCGUAUGAUCCUGACGGAGCUGUGCGCAAGAUUAGCAUUAAAAGAGGGCGACGCUGAGAGAUGAGACCACUUCAGAUUUAAGGGUCCAUCUCAGGAUCAAUCGCCCGCUGACCGCUGCCUGGAUACCAUGGAGUGCUUGGAUUAUCCGCAGCCACAGAUUUGCAAAACAUGGUGUGCACUCAUUGAGCUCUUUCUGUGAGACGGCCGUUAAUAGACACUCUAGUCUGCAAAGUGGUCCAAACACCCCCUUUCUGAAGGACUUACAUCAGGACCAAUGUCGAUAAUAAGUUUUGUUUCUUUUACCGCCACUUCGUUGUGAAAUAGAAAGGGAUUGUUUUUGAAGCAGCAGUCACCGUUUUGGAAAUGCUGACUCAAGCUAACUUUUGGAUGACCAGAGAAUGUGAAAAGAUGGAGUUGAGGCGGACCUGUCUUAGCUAGGGUCGAGUCAGAUAUUCUCCUGAUAACCUCAAUACUAAUACAUGAUAAUAAUUCACUCCCUGCUCAGUCUGUGUGGAAGAAAAAUGAUCAUUUCAGACCAAAAUUUUCUCUAUAGACGAGGUUAUUUGUGCUCUUAAAUGAAUGGGUGUGUAUGUGAUUACCGACACUCUUGCAGCCAGCCUCUAGUGGUCACUUAGGGAACUGCAGUUUUUAGCUCUUUGGUAUCAGCUUGAUAGAAGCUCUCAUCGUUGUUCUCACUCAUCCAUCUGCUCUCUCUCACCUUCUUCUUUUCUUUUUUUAUCAUGAUCUCAAGCUUAGAUCUAAAAUUCCAGGAAUCAUAUUCAAAUGAUUAAUAAUCCUUAAAAUCAGUAUGAAUGUAAGUGUUUUUGGGGUUUUAUUGGUCUGUCAGACUCAGUACCGCCUUCAGUAUUUGUUGUGUUGCAGCCAAAUUUGGAAAUUUUAGAACAAUGUGUGCGUGUGAUUGUGAGAAUGGUGCAGUGCAGCAUGAGCCAACUGCCCGAACUAGCUCUCAGGCUUCACUCCAUAAAUGGGAUUGUAAGAUUGAUUCCCACUGAGCUCCAAGUGACAAGAAACACAGAAAUUGACUGACACAAGCAGAUUAUAACCCUAACCCUAACCUCAGCCAUUCUCUAUGAUGUUGUCAUUCUAUAAAAACAUAGAGGGUGACGGUGGCGGCUCGUCAAACUUUGACGUAUGAACUGAAAAUUUACCGAUACAGAAAUUUACAACACUAACCACGUCAUUUUGCCCAUAACGGUGUAUUCGGUGUCAAAAACAAAUAAAUAAAUCAAAGUUUGUUUUGGAUGUGUGUAGGUGAGGAGAUGGAGGACGGUUCAAAAGUUGUAGCGGCUGAAGUUAAUGUGGGAGGGGGUGAGCAGCUUGUGGAGUAGUUAUCGUCCAUUUAUUGUUAUUGAGGUUAACUGAUAAAUAUAUCGUGAUAUUGAUUUGAGGACAUAUCGCCCAGCCCUACUUUGACCUCUCGUUGUGAAACAGGAAGUCAAUGUAACUCUUUGAUACAGUGAUCAAUCUGUUUGGUAUUUCAUAUGCAUGAUCACGAAUCCCCUUGAACACAUUGACAUUCAGACCUUUAGUUGCGUUCAUAGCGCCCCCUCUGGUAGGACAUGGUACUAACUUUCACAUGCAAUACUCAUCCUUAUAUAGAUUACUGCAGUGCCACCUAUUGAACGGGAGCCAUAAAAACAUUUAACAGUUAAAAACAUAAUUUUUUCUUUAAUGAGCUGUAGUUUAUCUAAGUUUCAGCCACACACUCUCCACUCUGUGUGGAAAAUUACACAUUUGCUCAUGGUUUUGGCCCGAGCUCAUCUCCAUAAAGUUUGCUCUUGGUGAAUUCAUGACUGCAGCAGAGGCAGAUCCACAAAGGUGCAGGUAGCCGAUUCAUCACCACUCGGGACCUUAUUACCGACAGUUUUAGUUAGUCUGAAUUUCUAUUUCUAUUUAACUAACUGGGAAAUUCGUCACUUUGACACAUCCCUAAGGCCUGACAGAGGUCACAGACAUUAUAGAUAACUGAACAGAAGUAAUCAAUCUUCAUCCUGAUGAUCUGGUUUACUUUUGUUGCCCAUGAAAAGGUAUCAGCAGAGAUUCUAGUCAGUUUCAUAACCAGUAAAAGACAAACUUGAGCUGUUGUUUGGACGCCUGUUGUUGUUGUCCCCAUUCAUCUCGUUAAUUUCACUGUCAGUCACUUUAAACUGUGCAGCGACUCGUUUUAAACUGCUUUUUUAAUUAACAGCAGCUGGAACAUGCAGUCCAGCCGGAGCAGCCCAGCAGAGAAACUGUGUUCGGUUUAUCGAUCGGUGAUCAUCAGUGUUUGUUUUCCCGCAGGAUGACCGAGGUGAUGAACUCUCUGGAGCCGGCUACGGAGGAUUUCAGCGGGGGUGGAGCAGCAGCAGAUCAGGGCGCAGUAUCCUUCCGUACGGCUGUGUGUUCAUAUGUUUGCGUGUGUAUGUGUGUGUGUAGAUUAUUCAAACCAGUCGGGUUUUAUUGAAAUAGAAAGCAUGAAGCAGUGAGUCACAAGAGUGAUGAGCAAGAGUAAAAUGUGGGUUGACGUGACUUAAUGUUUGGUCGGACUCGGCCCUGCUGAGAGUAAAUGGUAUGUAUCUUCUCCAGCUGAAUGAGUUAUCCCCUGUUACUGUACAUUUAUUCUCUAAACAUCAUUAUUAGGUGCAGAGUGUGCGGAAGGAUCGCCCUGUCAGGGGUGUCUGAGUUGAUUAAUUCCUGGAGUUUCCUCGUGUGUUGCUCCUCAGGUUCACGUAAGGGGACUUUCCUCGGUAAACAGGUUCAGGGAGCUUUAUAAUCCACUUUCUAGGGAUUAGAUUUCAGAGGUUUUUUAAAGUCUCAAACCUUCAAUUUUAUUAAGUUUUCCCCUGAGGAUCAAAAAUAGACAUACAAGUCUGGAGGGUUAAAAAUAACAGUUUUCCACGCAGUUUUUUCAGUAAAUACAUGCAGUAUCAGGACACACUGACAGUCAUUGUCUGACAACUCUAUUUAAUAAAUGCCCCUCAGGACAGAUGCCAACUUUUCAGUGAUUCCAGUUAAAUCAGUGAGCACUAAAUGACUUCCAGCUGAGAUUAUGAAAGGUUAACACCGUCAUUUUUGGUGUAUUACAGUCCCUGUUUCAAUUAGGUCUCUCUUCAACAGGAAACAGCGAUGUAAUCCAGAAAAUAAUCAUAAUAAUCUCAUGAUUUUCUUACAUUUUACAGAGCUGGAGGGAUUUGAAGGAAGAUAUAAUAUGCAGACUUUAUCAGGGGAUAAUGAAGCAGUAGACCGUUUCUUGCAAUAUUAAAAUAUAUGUAAACAUGUUUGAACUAAAUUGCACCUUUUCAAAGGGCGGCACAGUGGUGUAGUUGUUAGCUCUGUCGCCUCACAGCAAUAAGGUCCUGGGUUUGAAUCCGGGUCAGUACGUUUCUGUGUGGAGUUUGCAUGCUCUCCCCGUGUCUGCGUGUGUUUACUCCAGGUACUCCGGUUUCCUCCCACAUCCCAAAAACAUACCUAAGUGGGGUUAGGUUAAUUGGCCCCUUUCAAAAUUGCCCGUAGAUGUGAAUGUGAGCGUAGAUGGUUGUUCGUCUCUAUAUGUCAGCCCUGUGAUGAACUGGCGACUUGUCCAGGGUGUCCUCUGCCUUCGCCCAAAGAUGCUGGGAUAGGCUCCCAGGAUGGAUGGAUGUUUCUCACAGUCGUACCUGAAUAUUAUAGUUGGGGUUGAUUUGCUCUUUCAUGGAUACACCCCAUGUGCACGCUCCAGAGUUUGCACGUUUGGGCUCAGACUCAGGUGUUGAAAAGCAUGCGUUGCUAGGAAACCAGGUAGUCAACAAAAUCCCAGCAGAAGAAGAUAGGACAUAAAAAACGGUCAUAUCACACGUAUUAAAGGUCUGUCUUCUCUUCGAUUGGUGACGUUCCUCGCCUGCAUCACUGAACUGGUCGACCAAUCAGCAUCCUCCCUGCUCACCUUUGAAAGAUCCAUCCAUGGGAGACAAAUUCUGUAAAACAAACUGGUUCUUGUUUUCCCACAUAAAACCUUUAAUUGUAAAAACGAUCAUUGCGUCUGAUUAGCAGAUUUAGAGUUUCAAAGCGUUCGACUGACUCACACUGAGCUGCUUUGUCCCAGUUUUUACAACCUGCUCACAGGGUUACUGGACCAAGAUAAUAAAUGUUAUAAUUCAAAGAAGAAAUUAAGAUAUCAUGACAUGCAUGUCCACAUUUGAAGUGAGGGAUCAAAGAAAUAAACCGCUGCAGUCAUAUGAUCCCGUCUCUUUAAUCCAAUCCUUUCUGCAUUCUUGUGUUUUUUUCACGUGUGUUAUGAGAAGCGAUGAUCAAAUCCCUCCAGCUGUGAAAACCCCUCUGUUUACCCUUACAUGAGAUUCACGCAGAUCUUCCCAGAGACGCAUGAAAGGAAUCCAAAGCUGUCCAAGAGGCUUCCCUCCAUCGUGGUGGAGCCCACAGACGCCACCGAGGUGGAGAGCGGGGAGCUCCGCUGGCCGCCCGAUGAGCCCAGCUCUCCGGACGCCAAGAGCGGGAGGACGGUUGCAGAGGAAGAAACUGCAGGUGAGGAAUGAAAGAUAUUAAAAUAAACAGCUAAGCUAAAUUAGUCAUGUUUAUAUUUGAUUGUUGAGUAAAUUUGCAGAUAAAGAGUUGCCUAACAUGUUACUUCUGCAGCCAAGUCACUAAAUAGUUCAGCAUCAAAUUAGUUAUAUCACCAGUUUGGUAUUUUCCAUCUGUGGCUCUCCAUAAAUACUGAUCAUUCUUACAAACAGCUGUCUUUUAAAUGUCUCAUGAUCUGCAGGAGAUGUGUAAUUGAAUUCCAUCUCCAUGAACCCAUAUAAGGUCAUUUCCUGUACUGACUUCCUCAUGCGAUCGAAGCUCAUCAUAGCAGUUAUCUCACCUGACCGGAUGAACCGAGAGGAGGAAACACUCUGAGCAGAAAUGUGCCCAACUGAGAGCCAAGAGGUGAAGAUAUGUUGGUGUCACAUGACUCUGAUGGGAGUCACAUGAUCAAUGAUAAAUCCCAUUAGAGGCAGCAGUGUGGGCCGCCUCCUGUCAGUGCCUCCAUGAUCAUCAAGGAUGUUUUUAAAGACCACUAGAUGUUAGUAAAAAUCUGCACACAGAUCAUUACAAAUGGGGCCCAGUCAAGGUGAAAGUCAAAAGCAUUGGUGCUACUGUAGAUGCCAACAGACUACCAGCAAACACAAUGUUUGCAGGACUUCUACAACUAGGAUAAAGUGACAUAGUCCAGGACCCGAGGGAGGACAGUUUAGCGAUGGCGCUACAACACGCUACAGCAGGUCCGUUUGACAAGAAACACUUCUGUUACAGACACUUGUCUUACUUUGUUAAAGCGGUUUACCUGUCCAGCAGAAAGGUUACAGGGUCACCAAGAUCCCCAAGAGUCCCCCAUCGUUUAUGUUGACCCGGCUUUUUAGCUCUUGUCCGGUCUACCUCCGUUUUAAGCGCCCGUUAUUCCUCCAGAGUCUCUUACUUCUUUUUCUUGCUUCCUCUUGAUUCCUGCCUACCCCACCUUUAACAGAAGGAAUCAAUUUGAAAUAAGACAGGAUCAUAUAUAAUACAUUAGUACAGGCUUAAUCUCAUCAUUUUUUUAUAAUUUUUUAUAUAAUUAGGUAUUGAGUUCCGUCCUGUAACGGCUCGAUAGGUUAAGAUUUAAGUAGCUCUGUUCUUGGUUUCGGUGGUCCGGGGGCAGAAGAAACCAAAACAUCAUCUGGAAAUGUGUCGAACUUUGCAGACUCGAGUCUCUGCAAACUCGUGUUUUUCUCAGCUUUGCACCAAAGGAGAUCUGUUGGUUCCUAAGUCUGAAGUGGUCUCAUCUCUCCCUGUUCUCAUCUUGCACACAGAAUCAGCCGACUCUCUCCUGUCAUUUAUCCAAACUGAUCAAAAUCAAGUAAACCCUUUUCUUUUUUUUUUGUUUUUCCAGAUGAUUUCCAGUUGAACGUGGACGAGGAGGCUUCAGGGGCGGAGAUGCAGGACACCAACUGA